GUGGCCGGCGGUGCAGCAUGCCUUUCUCCUGACCCCUGAGCCCGGGAGGAAGAGGUCCCAGUCCCCGGAGAGAUGUCCGCCACGCGCGGCAAUGGGGAGCACUGGAAGUCCCUGGAGUCGGUGGGCAUCAGCCGGAAGGAGCUGGCGCUGGCCGAGGCGCUGCAGAUGGAGUACGACGCGUUGUCCCGCCUGCGGCAGGACAAGGAGGAGAACCGGGCCAAGCAGCGGGGAGACCGGCCCCUCAUCUCCUGGGACAACCCCGCCGAGAGGAACGGCUGCGCUGGCAUCAAAGCGGCACGUGGCCUCUCCGGCUCCGACCCCACGCUCAGCUACAACGUCCCCAUGGUGCCUGAGGGUCUCCCCGUGCCUGGACCGCCCCCCGGCCCCAGCCCCCCUCAGCCGGACCCCCAGCCCUGGCUGAAGGGACCCCUGGCCGGGGACUACCUGUACAUCUUCGAGGGGUCAGGGGGGGACUUCCUCGGGGAGCCCCUCAAUGGCACCUCACCCCACGACAGUGGGGGCAGCUCCCCCAAAAAGCUCUCGCCACCCCCACUGCCCCCCCGGCACCCCCUCUGGAGCUCCUCCGAGGGGAACCAGCACUCGGGGAAGGGGUCCCCCCCAUCCUCCAAAGGACCCCAGCCCAGGGACAUCAACAUGUUCUCGGCGGCCCAUGAGCGGGCUCACGGGAAGCUGCUCGGCCGCCGCAUCUCCGAAGAAGACCCCUACGGCAUUGCCGACUACGGCGGCAUCAACGACGCCAUCACCUGCCUCAACCUGAAGUCCACCUACGAGUCGGAGGUGCUGCGGGAAGCUGCCCGUGGCUGGAAGGAGGGCAGGAGCAUUUUUGAGAAGGAAUCGAGUGGCAAGCCAGUGGCACGGAGCAAAACCAUGCCCCCCCAGGUCCCCCCCAGGACAUACGUCUCCCGCUUUGGCAACCGAAAGAACCUGGUGCCAAACAAGAACCACAGGAUCUCCAUCGAUCCGGUUGCCCCCCGGCCGCACUCCUUCUCCAAUGGCUACGAGCUCUUCGAGGUCUCCGAGGAGCGGGAUGAGGAGGUGGCUGCUUUCUGCCACAUGCUGGAUGUGCUGCGCUCCGGCUACAGCACCAAGGACUAUUCCCUCACUGGCUUGGUGUGGAGCGCCGUCAACCUCAGCCCCGAGCAGCUGGGCCACGGCAUCAGCCUGAAGGUGACGGUGGUGUGUGACAGUCUGCGGGAGCCCCUCACCUUCACCUGCGACUGCUCCUCCACCGUGGACCUGCUCAUCUACCAGGCUCUGUGCUACACGCACGACGAGCUGCACGCCGUCGACGUCGAGGACUUCAUGCUCAAGAUCUGCGGUUUGGAGGAGUUCCUGCAGAACAAACACGCGCUGGGCAGCCACGAGUACAUCCAGCACUGCAGGAAGUUCGACAUCGACAUCCGCCUGCAGCUGAUGAAGAGGAAGGGGGUGCGCAGCGACCUGGCCCGGACGGCGAACGACGACCAGAGCCCCUCCACCCUCAACCACUACAUCCACCUGCAGGAGAGACCCAUCAAACAGACCAUCAGCAGGCAGGCCCUGAGUCUCCUCUUCGACACCUUCCACAACGAGGUGGAUGCUUUCCUGGCAGCCGAGGGAGACUUCCCACUGAAGGCAGAACGGGUAAUCCAGUCGGUCAUGGCCAUCUGCAACGCCCUGGCUGCCGUGGAGUCCCAGGAGAUCACGGCAGCCCUCAACCAGAUGCCCCCCUGCCCCUCCCGCAUGCAGCCCAAAAUCCAGAAGGAUCCAAAUGUUCUGGCCAAGAGGGAAAAUCGAGAGAGGAUCGUGGAGAGCCUGACGGCCGCCAUCCUCAACCUGGUCGAGCUCUACUGCAGCACCUUCAACGCCGACUUCCAGACGGCCGUGCACGGGAGCCGGGAGCACGGCGUGGUGCAGGAGGCUCGCCUGCUCUCCUGCCCGCUCUCCUUCACCGUCUACGCCACCCACCGCAUCCCCAUCACCUGGGCUGCCAGCUAUGAAGAUUUCUACCUCUCCUGCUCCCUCAGCCACGGUGGCAAGGAGCUGUGCAGCCCCCUGCUCACCAGGAAGGCCCACGUCUACAAAUACCUCUUCCACCUCAUCAUAUGGGACCAGCAGAUCUGCUUCCCCGUCCAGGUGAACCGUCUGCCGCGGGAGACGCUGCUCAGCGUCACGCUCUUCGCCGUGCCCGUCCCACCCCCGGGGAGCUCCUCCGACGCCAACAAACAGCGGCGGGUCCCCGAGGCCCUGGGCUGGGUCACCACCCCCCUCUUCAACUUCAGGCAGGUCCUGACCUGUGGGCGAAAGCUCUUGGGCUUGUGGCCAGCGACGCAGGACAACUCCAGAGCCAGGUCGAGUGCCCCCAACUUCCACCAGCCUGACAGUGUCAUCCUGCAGAUCGACUUCCCCACCUCUGCCUUCGAGGUGAAGUUCACCAGCCCGCCGGCAGCUGAAUUCAGCCCCAAGUACGAAUUCAGCAGCCUGGGGGAGGAGGACCAGCGCAAGCUGCGGGAGGCGAUGCAAAAGAAAUCGCUCUACUGGGACAGCUGCCCGGCCCCUCGUCCAGCCCGGUGCGGCCGAGCCGGCCGGCAUCCUCCGGCGCUGGCUAUAAACGGGAGGAUCAGGUGUCGGCAGCUGCAGGACGGCAUGGUGGAGAUGAUCCCCAACGCCGAGACCCUACGCAAAAUCCAGGUGGAGCACGGCGUGACGGGCUCCUUCAAAGACCGGCCACUGGCAGACUGGCUGCAGAAACACAACCCGGAGGAGGAUGAGUAUGAGAAGGCUGUGGAAAACUUCAUCUACUCUUGCGCCGGCUGCUGCGUGGCCACCUACGUGCUGGGGAUCUGCGACAGGCACAAUGACAACAUCAUGCUCAAGACCACCGGCCACAUGUUCCACAUCGACUUCGGCAGGUUCCUGGGCCACGCGCAGAUGUUCGGCAACAUCAAGAGGGACCGGGCACCGUUUGUCUUCACCUCAGACAUGGCGUAUGUCAUCAAUGGGGGGGACAAGCCCUCCAGCCGCUUCCACGACUUCGUUGACCUGUGCUGCCAGGCCUACAACCUGAUCCGCAAGCACACCCACCUCUUCCUCAACCUGCUGGGGCUGAUGCUGUCCUGUGGCAUCCCUGAGCUCUCUGACCUGGAGGAUCUCAAAUAUGUCUACGAUGCCCUGAGGCCGCAGGAUUCCGAUGCUGAUGCCACCACCUACUUCACCAGGUUGAUCGAGUCCAGCCUUGGUAGCGUGGCCACCAAGCUCAACUUCUUCAUCCACAACCUGGCGCAGAUGAAGUUCACAGGCUCUGACGCCCGCCCAACCCUCUCCUUUGCGCCCCGCACACACACCAUCAAGACGUCCGGCCGGAUCCAUGACGUCUUCCUCUGCCGCCAUGAGCGGGUCUUCAACCCCAGCAAGGGCUACACCUACGUGGUGAAGGUGCAGCGGGAGAGCCCGGGCGAGGUGACCUUUGUGCAACGCACCUUCGAGGAGUUCCAGGAGCUGCACAACAAGCUGCGCCUCCUCUUCCCCUCCUCACUGCUGCCCAGCUUCCCCAGCAGGUUUGUCAUCGGACGGUCGCGGGGCGAAGCGGUGGCCGAGCGGCGGAAGGAGGAGUUGAACGGCUACAUCUGGCACCUGAUCCACGCUGCCCCCGAGGUGGCAGAGUGCGACCUCAUCUACACCUUCUUCCACCCCCUUCCACGGGAUGAGAAGGCAGCUGGCACCAACCCGACCCCAAAGCCGGCAGAUGCCACGUGGGCUCGGCCCCUGGGGAAGGUCGGCGGGGAGGUGAAGCUCUCCAUCUCCUACAAGAACAACAAGCUCUUCAUCAUGGUGAUGCACAUCCGGGGGCUGCCACCGUUGCAUGAUGGCAAUGACCCUGACCCCUAUGUCAAGACCUACUUGCUGCCCGACCCUCAAAAAACAACCAAGAGGAAAACCAAAGUGGCCCGAAAAACCUGCAACCCCACCUACAAUGAGAUGCCGCCGCUGCUGCUGCUGUCGGAGCCUGCCGCCUCGCUGGACUGGGACGAGGAGACGCUGCCGUGGCCGGAGGAGCCCCCGGAGAAGGGGCGAGAGGGUGGCACGGAAUCCCCGGCAGACCUGUGGGGAACCGGGCUGGUGCGGAGAAGCCUGAUGUCCUUCCCCGUACCGCGUGUGGACUUGUACGUGCUGGGCCCGGAGCAGGGCCAGGUUUGCUGCUCCGGCAAAAGCCAUCUGCCCCAGCCCCUGCGAGCCGAGGUCCCCGCGGAGGCCUGGCGAGGCUGCCCCGUCCGGGGCGGCUUGCCGGAGGCCGAGUUUCUCCGCAGCAAACGCCUGGCUUUUCUCCAGCGGUGGCAUUUGGCGAGCGGUGGCCUGACGGUGCCAGACCUGGACCACGGCUAUCACAGCCUGGAGGAGGAGCAGCAGCAGCACAAGGGCGUUUGUCAGGAAGAGGUAGGGGAACGGCGGGAGCAGCGGUGCGAUGCCGGGGAGUUGAAGCGGCCCGAGGAGCCGAACGACGCGGAGAGACAACCCAGAGGUGGUCCCUUGGAUCAGGAGGGGAUAAGGGGUUCAGCUGAGGAGAGGACACUUGAGGGCGAAGCCUUGGCUGAGGAGGAUGACGAGGACUCCGAAACAGAGCAAAACCUUUCAGCUUCAGCGAGACCUGCCUGUGCAAAUAAAUUAAUAGACUAUAUCAUAGGGGGAGUUUCCAGUGGGGAGGAGAGUGAUGAUGAUGAUGACGGAUUUGAUAGCGAAGGGCUCCCUUCGGAUUCAGACGCCGGUAGCCAGGACGGGGAAAGGCUUAAUCUCUGGAAUUCCUUCUACAGUUUGGAUCCCUACAACCCUCAGAACUUCACAGCCACCAUUCAGACAUCUUCCAGCGAUCCAGAAAAAGAUAUGUCGGAUGAGGAGGAGGAGGAGGAGGAAGAUGAUGAUUCUUCGUGGGCAGACGAGUCCUCAGGUUCUCCUCACCCUAGUUCUGAAGAGGAGGACGAGUGGGACUGUAGCAGUGUAGAUGAGGCAGAAAACUUGAAACUUUGGAACUCGUUCUGUACCUCAGAUGAUCCGUAUAAUCCUUUAAAUUUCAAGGCGGCCUUUCAAACAGCAGAGAAAAAAGGGACGCCAGGUUUAAAAGGAGCAGAGAAGUCGAGUUUGGGCACUUCUGAGCGUAGACACUUAACUGUCUGUCGACUGGAAACUGUGCAGUUGGAAAAACAUAACUGUGGGGUCACUGAGCUUGUGCAGCAUGGCAUUCUUUCUGGUGAGAAAGGUGCAAGUACCAAGCGGAAAAAGGUAACCUUCCUUGAAAAAGUUACUGAGUAUUACAUAAGCAGUGAGGAGGAUCGUAAAGGACCCUGGGAGGAGCUUGCACGAGAUGGGUGCAGGUUCCAGAAACGUAUCCAAGAAACAGAAGAAGCCAUAGGCUACUGCUUCACAACAGAGCAUCGACAGAGGGUAUUUAACAGACUCCAAGAAACCUACUACAAGAGGACUGAUCUCUUCUAGCACCUUAAAAGAUCUGGUAGUUGUGUGACCCUAAGCACUCAUGAACGUCUUCAAAACAAGAAGUGGCAGCUGCAUGUGCUAUUUUGAAAUGGGGAGAGAAGUGGGAUUUUCACACUUUCUUCCCAGUUCGAUAUUCAGCCAACGAAUAUACCUGUGUGUCCCAUUUUGAUAUCCAGACAAAAUCUUUUUGAGUAUCAUCAAGGGUAAGGGUGGUAUAAUUGCAUUCCUUUUAAGUAACACUUGAGAAACAGACUGCUUUAGGUUAAAUCCAUUCCAAAAAUGCCUUGUCUGCCAUAUGUUGAGAAGUGGUGACUAUUAAGUUGGAUUUUUGCACUUUGAAAAAGCAAAACCUAUUUUGAAGGAAAUAUUUAUGGGGCUCAGAACCUAGUUAUUGCAGUUUUGAUUUAAAGUUUCUAGAGGUAUGUGCUAUUUUCUUGUGGUUCUCCAUUUUCUCUAACUUGUACAAAAGUCUCGAAUUUUGUUAGCUAAUUACUGCGCAAAGCAGAGAGUUCAUUCCUUCCUUCUAAGAUCCUGGGUUUGCAUGGAAUCUAGUGUUUGAGUGUUUAUGUAACGCUUUGAUGUUGUAAUAUUUAAGUCUGGCACACUGGGGGAUUUGGGGUAACUGGUGCACUACGAGCCCUUUGGUCUGGCUUUAUUUAAAUAAAUACCUUUACCCAGUACUGUUCCAAAGGGUGCUGGCUGCUUGUGCACCAAACCUCUUUGCUUUCAGGGCGAUGAAAGGCCUCGUCCCAAUCAAUAAUUAAAGCUUCAAGGUACGUAAUGAGGCUGAUAGUUUGAAUUUAAGUAGCCACACAUGGGGAACUAGCCCAUAGUUUUUUUAGUUACCCUUGGAAUAACUUUGCCGUAAUUGAUUCUGCUUUCUGAAGAUGGAUUGAAGUGGAGGACUCUCCAUGUUUCUUGUAUCUAAUAUGCUUGUUCUGGUACUUGUAAGAAGAAUUACCUUUGACUUAGGGAAAUCUGAGGCUACAAAUUCCUAUGUUCUUUACCAAAAGCCAGUAUUAAUACCUCUAUGCGUCUGCACUUUUGUUCGUCUGGUACCAAAAUAACAUUUCACGUUGGGGUCUGAAAGUUGAGGUCCUCGGUGGAAGGAAAACACUCCUUAUGUUCUAACUUAAAAUGUUUAACUGUCGUUUCAGUCAGAAUAAAAAAAAAGCAUAUCCAGAUGGUGCUGUGUUUGGACCUGAAGGAUGUUGUGUGGCUGUUACCCAGGCAGGUACAAGGUCACACAAUGGAAUAAACACCAAGCAUCAAAGAAUUCUUAUCUGUUUGCACAAAGUUGUGUGAAUAAAUGAUUUGCUACUUGGUUCAUUCAGCUGACUAGAAUUGUUUCCUUUUCAUAAGGGAGAAGCCUAAAAACACUUCAGACUUGUCAUCUCAUUAAUGACUUCAAUUUCUGUUUCGAAAGAGAAUUACAGAAGAGCUUCACAGAGCUUUUCUGUGGUUUAUCAUGCCAUCUUUUUGGCCAUCUCUUAAUUCUGUUUCAAAUUCCAGAAUUUUGGGUUUUAUAUUUUAUUCUUAUUGCAUGAAGUAUGUUCUUUGUAUUUAAAAAUUACCUUUCUCUGCUACAAGUCAGAAGUGUUACAGUUAGGAAGUUCAGAAGGUUGAGUUGUAAACUUAAAAUACAGCCAAAACUCAAGCAGCCUUUAACAGACUGGCUACUUGAAAGCAAUCCAGCAAUGUUAUUUUUCAUCCCCAUGGCAUAAAAGGAACCUGGAUUCUCCUUCCCUACAAAAGAUAGUUGUGAAAUCAAUUCUAAUUGUGCUCUCGAAUCCUGAGAAACAACCUUUAAUUUUUAGGAGUUCAUUUUCCUGUAUCAUUUGAUAACAGGUGUUCUGCUUUCUUGUUUAGGAGAAAGCGUGCAGGGUGAUAAAUGUAGGAUUAGAGUAGAAAAUUUGUUGACUUAUGGGCCAAGUAUGACUGACAAGCAAAAAUGCUGUUUGUUUGCUUUUGCUAAAAUAGUGUCAUUUUUCCAUGACUUUCCUCGUUUCUUUGAUCUUGGAGAACUUGGUGCUUUGGUUACUCUGGACAACUCACUUGGUUUAUGGUGCUUGUAAGAAUCUUUUAGUGAUGUGAAUUAACACCUGCAAAUACUGCUCUGCUGUUUGCAGAGGCUUGGGAAAGGCUGCAGCUGGUAACGAACCCCGAUGACAAAUUGGAUAUAAACUAGAUUAAAAACUGCUACUUCCAAAGUGCUUCUAACAUUGGAGAAAUAUUUUUUUUUUUCCAGCCUGCAGCAUAUCAAGCAUUGUGUUCUAACACUGCUGAUUCUCCUUGAAGCAUACCUACUUGGGUAAGCUUUUCCCCCUCUCAAACUUCACAUUUUCGAAGUAUCCAAUGUAAGGUGGUAAGAAAUUAACACUAAAUUCGUCAUCAUGAGCAUCAUCUUAAAAGCAAGCUAAGCUUGGUUGUCACCAUUUUCCCUAUAACAUAUCUUAAAAUGGUCAUACAGGAUGUGUACCUGUGUAAGUGCUUUGAGUGAGACAGUAAAAAUAACACUUGCUGAACUUUAAAUCAAAACUGUAAUUAUCAGAUUUUAUUUUUGUAUAAUUUAGAGAAAGUUAGAAAACCUUCAACAUUGGCUUUAUACAGAUUUUAAUUGAUUUGUGUCGAGUUUGUUGGGUUUUUAUAUCUAAAGUUAUAUUUCUGUACAUAAUAAAACUAUUCAGAACUAAUCUGUAAAUUGUAAUAAAGAUAUUUGCAAGAUAA